GCAAGGAUUAGCCUAUGCACAUCUAGCAACGAUAAAAAACAAAGCGAAAGCUCAGGUAUGGCCGCAAACACUCCGAACUCAGUGAACCUGGAUAAGUCAUUUUCAGAGCAGUAUGAACUCAAAUCAGAGCUUGGCAAAGGAGCUUUUAGUGUUGUUUAUCAAUGUACCAACAAGAAUACUGGAGAGCAAUAUGCAGUCAAAAUUCUCGACGUUCGUAAUAUGAGUGAGAAAGAACGCCUUAAGAUCGAAAGAGAAACCAGAAUUUGUCGUCGACUAACUCAUCCUAAUAUUGUUCGACUACAUUCGUUUAUAAGGGCUGAUACAAGUUAUUACCUAAUCUUUGAUCUAGUCACUGGCGGUGAGUUGUUUGAAGACAUUGUCGCACGAGAAUACUACAGCGAGACCGACGCGUCUCAUUGUAUACAGCAAGUUCUACAAAGCGUCCAACAUUGCCAUGAAAAUCACGUCGUUCAUCGUGAUCUCAAGCCAGAAAACCUUCUCUUAUCAAGUAAAGAAAGGGGUGCCAUUGUAAAGCUGGCUGAUUUUGGUUUGGCAAUAGAAAUCGCAGAUGGGUUACCCUCGUGGUUUGGCUUGGCUGGAACUCCAGGCUAUCUCUCACCGGAAGUCUUGAAAAAAGAGCCAUACGGACAAGCGGUUGAUGUAUGGGCUUGUGGGGUUAUUCUUUAUAUUUUAUUAGUAGGAUAUCCACCAUUUUGGGAUGAUGAUAAAGAGAAACUUUACCUACAGAUCAAGCAAGGAUCAUAUGAUUACCCCUCACCAGAAUGGGAUUCUGUAACAAAAGAAGCCAAGGAUUUGAUAAAUAAAAUGUUAGUGACAGACCCAAGAAGAAGGAUCACUGCAGCUGAAGCUCUCAAGCACCCUUGGAUUGUGAACCGUGAGCGCAUCGCUUCAACAGUCCAUCGCCAGACAACUAUAGAUGGUUUGAAGAAAUUCAAUGCACGACGAACCCUACGCAGUGCAAUCAUCAGCACAAUGUUCCUGAAUAGAAGGUCAAGCAAGAAGAAGAUAUCUCAAGAGGACUCGGUACAAACUGUCAUUGAAGAAAACAACAACACUGUACAGGAAAAAGAGAUCAUCCGCUUGACACAGGAGCUCCUUACUAGUGUAACGUCUGGUGAUUAUGUGACAUAUACUAAGCUAGUAGACCCACACUUAACAGCCAUUGAACCAGAAUCUCGUGGAAAUAUGGUGGAGGGAUUGGAUUUUCAUAAGUUUUACUUUGAUAAUUUUUUCCCAACCAAGCAGCCCAUCAAUACUACAGUCUUGUCUCCACAUGUACAUAUGCUUGGCCCCAAUGCUGCAUGUAUUUCAUACAUCCGUUUGAGUCAAAGGAUUCUUCCUAAUGGUUAUCCUGACACCCAACAGAGUGAAGAAACAAGGGUCUGGCAAAAGAAAAAUGGAAGUUGGGUUAAUGUUCAUUUCCAUCGCUCUUCCAUUGGUAAAUAAAAAAGGGGAAAGUGGAUGGGAUUUUGAUUUUCAAUCUUGAUGAGUAAAAUAAUGAAAACUGUGAAUACUAUUUAACAAUGUUUUCCAGUUUUUUGUAACUAAUUGGAAUUGAAAUAAUUUUCAACAUUUUGAAAUUGAAUAAUAAUUAUUGGACAACAAUGAGCUGCAUUUUGUGGCAAAAUUCUUGCAUAAUAACAUAAAAGAACAUUGAUUUGCAAACAAACUUAUUGAACAUUUUUUGAUAAAAUAUGUUAAAUACAUUUCUCAAUAUUUCUGCUGUUUUCCUUUAACUACAGCAGUAAUUAAUAACUACUUUUUGGUUUUACCUUUUUGUAAAUUGAGAAUCUGUAAUAUGGGUUUUUAGACCUAGUUAUUCUUGCCAAGUCAAUAAUAGCCUCAUUAGAAUGAUACAUUUCAUGGAUGUUUUUUCGACAUUAAACAUUGAUACUUAGUAAAUUUGUUCAGCGGUCUUGUGAAAUUCUAAGACAUGUAUAAAAUAGUAAAAUUAAUUCAUUGGUUGUAUAAACUAAUAUUUCAAUUCAUUAGAUUAGUGUAGGAUUAAUAACUUUUUGUUAAUGUCAUGGAUUUUCAAUAAUAAAAACUUGAAAUAUGA